AUGCUUAAAGCGAUUAUGGAUGACAAUGAAUGGAACAAAGAAAAUGAAAGAUAUCCAAAUUUCUUGGAGACGUAUGAACUGCCGAAACGUUUUUCUACAAUCACGGAAAUCAGCUGCGAAAACGUUAAUUCUGGUGAAGAGAGUACUGGACAGAAUUCUGUGUCACCGCAAAACACUUGUUCUAGCCAUCGGGAACGGAACGAUGCAAAGCAAAGCAUCUACAACAGACUGCAAAGCAGACGUCGGUCAACAUUGAUUUGUUCAAGGCAAACGCAGCGAAUGAAGUUGGGAAAUGGAGGAUUCAGUCGAGGUGGCCAGCAUUUACGAGACUCUAGGCGCAAAACUGCAGAAACGUUGAAAGCCAGACAAAAGAAUAGCUUGAUUUUGCAAGAUGUUGAAAAUAUUAAAGAUACUGUUGCGGGAACGAAAAAAAGGGUUCAUUUUGCCGUAGAGACUGAUCCUCAACUAUUGAUUAGUCGUAAUGAACGCAAACCUGUCGCUGCACACGAAUCCUCCAAAUUCGAUGCGCUUACUCGUCGAAAUCAAAGAUUUUCUUUUAAACUGCCAACACGUCGUGAGCAGACUGUUCACUCAGCAAAUGUUUGCGGGGAAUCUGAUACAGUCUAUAGUAAUGGUAGUUCAGACAUUGGUAUUUCUGCGGAACAGAAGAAAAGUGAGCAAAAUGAGGUAAAACAGUUGGACACUUCUACAGGAAAGGCUGUGGUUGGCGGUGGUGACAAAAGUUCUUUGCUCUUACAUUUAGAAAAUUCUGGUCUCAAACUGAGACUUAAAAGCCGGAAAGCAAACGUCGUGGCGACAACAAAGGUAGGCAUUUAA